CACCUUCAAAUUUUUAGGGUUUAUGCAUUCCACCGCAAAUUAUAUCUGUCUCUACAGUGUUCUUGUUCCAGUGAAGGAAGACAAACAAGAGGCCAAGAGAGCUAGAAGACGAGUGAAGCUAUAGAUCCUUUUAUUACUUGACAAAACCAAAAAAAAAUCAGUUGGGGUUUCUCAUGGGGUUGGAGUUGGAUUCAUCGCAUGUACUAGUCUCGGAGUCACCUCAAACAGCUACCAAGAAAUCAAAAAAGAAGAGGAAGAGAGAGAAGGAAAGGGAUGACGGUGCCGCCGCAGCCCAACUCCAAAAUGAACCAACCAUCAAUGAGCAGCCUCGUCUUGAUGUCAAACUCGAACUUGUCAACAACCAGGUUGACAAAACCCCACCUGUAGUGGGCUAUUUCCCGUCUGGAUAUAACCCCCACAAAACAAAUGACAUCAACGAUGCACAAGAACCAAUCCUCCCACUAGCUGCACCACCAAGUGUCAAGCUUUAUCGGAAUGCGCAGAGGGCCAAGGUUGAGAAAAGCUCCGGUGAAAAGAAUGAGAAAGGGAGAACUUCUGAGAGGCUAGAGCUCGUAGUGAGCCCGAAUGGAUCGAAUGUUGAGUUCGUGGGCAAUAGCUAUAAAGGUGAGGCUAUGGCAGCCCAGUUGUGCACUUAUGCGCUUGGGGUUCUUGAUAAGGCGACUCAAACUUUGAAGAUUAUGCCUAUUGCUGGAAAUAAGAUACUUAGAUUGGAACCAAAACUUCGAGGGUCGCUUGCUGCUGAUAAGGAACAUGCAAAUUUUGAAAAUGGUGAGAUUACUGCAGAACAGAGAGCGGCCAGGAUAAGGCAGCUUAAUGUUCAAUAUGGUCCAAAGAAAUCUAUAAUCCAGGAUAAAAAAAUGCAGGCUCUGAGGAAGGGAGAUGAUCCUCUUUCUCAGAAGGAUCUGGGCAGGAAAAUUGAAAAUGCCCCAAUAAACAAGGAUGCUCUUGAAAGUACCAGUGGCCACAGUGCUCGAAAUAUUCCACCUUAUAAUUCUUCUGCCAUUACCCCCAAGGAGGCUUAUCCUUUGGACGGGAUUAUUCUCACUGGAGAGUGGGAUUUCCUUGAAGAUAUUUAUAAGAUUUUGCAAGUAGGAGGAGAAGUAGCAAGCAGUGCUUACCCAACUUUUGUUUGCAACAGGAUCCAGAAAUUGCGGGAGAUUCAGGAUGAGAUGGAGAAGAAGAGACUUUCAUGUAUUUUCUCAUACAUCACUCAUCUUAUAAAGUUUAAAGAUCAGCAUUCUUUGGAUGGUGCAGCCUCUGCUAGGAACCAUCAAUUUCCGAGCAUCAUACGGCAGAAAUUUUUUGAGAUGUUUAAUCCUGAAACAAGAAGGCUGUCAGUUGACAAGAUUGAUCUUCUCAUUAGUUAUGUUUUGGUUCUCACUUUAUAUGCUGAUGAUUUCCGGACUUUUCCGGCAGAUGUAAGCAAUGAUCUAAGAAUGAAUCCUGCUACUGUGAAAUCUCAUUAUCGCAAUCUGGGUUGCAAGAUGGAACGUGAGAAGAACAAGUAUUUGGUAACACUUUCUGUCCCUCUCGAGUUUCCGCAACCAAAGAGGAAGUUUCGGAAACGAUAAAUUACUGUCAUUUUCUAUCAUGGAAAUUGUUUUAGUUUUGGGGUUCUAAGCUGGCAGAAAGUGCCAGGGUUUUACGAUCCUGGCAUCUGGGCUGAGUGUGGUUUCUUUAGUUCUAGGAACAGUUUCAGAUUAUAGCCAUUCAAUUCUAGUUAUGGUUGAGAUGAAGACAACAGAAUACAGUUUUACCAGUUGUUUUUCUGAACUAAUCUUGUAUGAAUUCCCUAUUGACUUGUGUGAUGAAACUCUCUAUAGAUUCACUUGUUCUAAAA